AUGAACAUGUUUGCUGCAGGUUUGCUUGCAUUCCUCGCCAUGAUUUUGUUAUCAGAUGACAAAGAAAUGUUUGGAAAAUGUUUCGACAAGCUCCAAGGAUUUCAUAAUCACCCUCAAAGCACCUGCUCCAUCACAGAUGAUAACAACACCGGCUCCUCAACGCGACAAGAUCAAAUCGACAGGAGACAAAAGAAAGUUUGCACACAAGCGGUUGGAACGAUUUUCAAGCAAAUUCGUUCUAGCCACGUGUCAAGGGCAAUAGAAAAUGAUCCCGAUUGUGAUGAUAGUGACGACGAGGGUGCUGUGAAUCAAAACGAUCAAUUCUCCGACUCUUCGGCUUCAGGGAACGAAGAACAGGAUGGGUCAAGGCAAGCUCGCGAGGUCGACAGCGUGAGGGAGCAAGAACCCAACUCUGAGGACGCCGCCGGGCUAGGACAGCAGACCCAAGGCGGCUUGUCUACAGAAGCCUCGACAGGAGCUGCGUUGAAGCCUGCUUGCGAUGCCCGAGUCGGGGGCGUGAGUGAGCGAGGACGUGAGGCCGAUUCAGGGCAGCCUGGGUCGAAGAGCCAGCGAGAACCCGAAGCUGGGCCAGGACAGCAGAUACAAGGCGGCUUGUCCACAGGGGCCACUUUGGAGCAUGCUGAGAGGGUUUGUCUGGGUACCGGUUCCGUAAUGAUGGAAGACAGUACAUUGAUAAAUCCCCCUGCGGAAUUCUUUCAAGAUUUGUCAAAGCACCAUCACGGAAUGCAACAUUGGAUUGCGGGUAUUGAUCGAAUGGUGAAGCAAGGAUUGGGUAAUGUCUUGCAAAAAUUGAAAUCGAUGGAACAAAUGCUUAAUGAGAGAGUGACCUCAGCUCAAAAGGAGACGAGAGAACUAAGACAAAGACUGGAGCUCCAAGAAUCAAAAGAGCGUGUCAAAAUGAAAGCAAUUCAAAAUCUGAAUCAACGUCAGGGAGCAACAGAGCAGAAGAUCUGUGAUCAAACAGCUGUAAACAAUGAUUUGAGCAACAAGAUUGAGACAAAUCUUGAAAAGAUAAAUAACUUGUCGCAAAGGCAACAAACAAUACAUUACAAUUGGUAUACUUUUGAGAACCAAAUAACUACACGAGUACAGGCAUCAGAGCAGACCCUGCAGAGCUCGCUCCAGACUGCAGAGCGGACGAUCCGGGACGAGGUCACCAGCAAGCUACAGGCGUCAGAGCAGACCCUGCAGAGCUCGCUCCAGACUGCAGAGCGGACGAUCCGGGACGAGGUCACCAGCAAGCUACAGGCGUCAGAGCAGACCCUGCAGAGCUCGCUCCAGACUGCAGAGCGGACGAUCCGGGACGAGGUCACCAGCAAGCUACAGGCGUCAGAGCAGACCCUGCAGAGCUCGCUCCAGACUGCAGAGCGGACGAUCCGGGACGAGGUCACCAGCAAGCUACAGGCGUCAGAGCAGACCCUGCAGAGCUCGCUCCAGACUGCAGAGCGGACGAUCCGGGACGAGGUCACCAGCAAGCUACAGGCGUCAGAGCAGACCCUGCAGAGCUCGCUCCAGACUGCAGAGCGGACGAUCCGGGACGAGGUCACCAGCAAGCUACAGACGUCAGAGCAGACCCUGCAGAGCUCGCUCCAGACUGCAGAGCGGACGAUCCGGGACGAGGUCACCAGCAAGCUACAGGCGUCAGAGCAGACCCUGCAGAGCUCGCUCCAGACUGCAGAGCGGACGAUCCGGGACGAGGUCACCAGCAAGCUACAGACAUCAGAGCAGACCCUGCAGAGCUCGCUCCAGACUGCAGAGCGGACGAUCCGGGACGAGGUCACCAGCAAGCUACAGGCGUCAGAGCAGACCCUGCAGAGCUCGCUCCAGACUGCAGAGCGGACGAUCCGGGACGAGGUCACCAGCAAGCUACAGGCGUCAGAGCAGACCCUGCAGAGCUCGCUCCAGACUGCAGAGCGGACGAUCCGGGACGAGGUCACCAGCAAGCUACAGACGUCAGAGCAGACCCUGCAGAGCUCGCUCCAGACUGCAGAGCGGACGACUCAGAACGAGGUCACCAGCAAGCUACAGGCGUCAAGGCAGACCCUGCAGUCCUCCUUAGAGUCUGUUUUCAAGAACUUCUUUCAGACCGUGUUUUCAUCCCAAAAAGCAUCGUCAGAAUCUAUGUCAGAACACUCGCUUCAACGUAGCGUGCAGCAUUUAGUGCGAAUUGCUUUUGAGCAGGUGCAAACAGCAAUUUUGAAUCAGGAAAGUGAGCAAUCGUUUGUUCUACAGUCGGGAUUUUCUAGUGUUUUGCAAACAGACGAAAGCAACCGUUAUGGACAUGGUCGAGAUAUCUCUGGAGACGGCGAUGCGUUGCACGACGGAGGAGAAGGCUCAUCGCGGGACCGACCGCAUCUGGGGCGGGAGCAGGGCCAGUCAUUGGGAGAGCCCCCGUCUCCCGUCGCCUCAGAUCAAAGGCAGGCUCCCAGCGUCGCACGGCCGUUGCGCGAGAUCCCAAGUUCCACCCCUGCCGUCAACGUCAACGGGGCAUCUACGGAGGCAGCUGUGCCGGCAGGGGCGGAGGUGCAGACGGCAGCUGCAGCGUUCCUAUCUACCCCGGCAGGGUCUGGACAAGAGGGCGGUGACAGGUCGACACGAUCAGCCAGUCCGUCAACGUUGGAUCCAUCCCGACCAGCAAGUCAACCCGUCGUCGCUGAGGUUGCGAGCUCACCGCCUGUCGGAGGGGAAGCGCUCAGGCGAUCAGCUCCUGUCGAGCAGCGAGAGGGUCAUAGUGAGCAUGGCAGCACGAGAGGACACGAAGACACACAACAUCGGAGGAGGCGAGGGAGGCCGAGGAAAAUACAAACUGAGAGCAACGAUACCACAGCAGCCAUGAACAGAGUCGACCCCAGCAGGGUAUCUAGCAAGGCGAUCAACAGAGACAACGAAAACAACCGCCACCGUGACCUUGCGGAGGAAGGAGAUAUCUCUGGAGACGGCGAUGCGUUGCACGACGGAGGAGAAGGCUCAUCGCGGGACCGACCGCAUCUGGGGCGGGAGCAGGGCCAGUCAUCGGGAGAGCCCCAGUCUCCCGUCGCCUCAGAUCAAAGGCAGGCUCCCAGCGUCGCACGGCCGUUGCGCGAGAUCCCAAGUUCCACAGCUACUGACAUGAAUCUUGAUACUCGUGUGAAGCGAAGGAGGAUCGAUGGACAUGGCAGGCUCAAUGGGUCCAUGAAUUUCAAGAAGAAGCAGUCAUCGGUUGUGCGUGAGGAAAGCUGCUCCAAGGCGUUUGUGGAUGAGCUGAGCAAUGAAGAGGUGGUCAUGUACCUUCUGGAAUGCUUUGUAAGAGCCAAGAAGAAGCGGCGUACAGUCGAUCACUUCUACAAUCACAGCUGGUCGCCGAACCUCGAACAAGUUUGGAAAACCAGGUUCAAAGACACGCACCCCAGGGAAAUGAAUUGCAAGUUUGUGAGCGGCUCAGUGGUCGGAGUUCUUUACCAGGAAGAGUGGAGGGAAGGGAAAGGAGAAUGGUACAUCGGGAGAAAGAUCAGGUCAGAUUGGAACCAUUUCCAAGCCAUAUUCACUGAUUGCGAGGUAGAGACGUUUAACCUUGCGGAGGAGAGCACGAUUCUUGAGAAUGCUCCACGCAAUGAACAGAAGGGUCAGUUCUUCGACGUCUACCGGGAUGAUAAAGUAGCAACCUUGUUGCCUUUUGUUUCGGAAAUUCGUGAAUUCUUGAUCGACUCGUUCGUCCUGAAGGAGAUCCACGAAUCUGAAUGA